AUGCACAUGACGGCGUGUCUCUGCACUCCACCACGUAAAAGCUCUUCACCCGAAGGGACUCCUUUUAUUUGCUAUCACCGUCUUUCGGAAUAUAUGACUGAACGGAGCCUGUCUCCCUCGUCACCAUCUGCACACCGACGUGAAAGUGGCAGGUGCACAGUUGAUACUCUUCCAGAUUCGCGGCCAAGUCAGUUGUUGACGCCAAGGGCUUCUCGGCUGGACAUGUCUCACCUACCAGCGGUGUUUUGUACGCCCCAGUUGAUGCGUGAGGAAUUGCAGCUUCGUGCCAGCCUAGACUCCGAGUUGGCCCUAGUUAGACUAGACUCGUCCUGGCGUCCGGAACCCUUGGUGACACCUCUUGUUGAUGGACUCUAUAUGGGAGGCUUUCCAGAUUCAGAGACGCUGGAAACUUUGCGAAGUGAGAGGGUGAAUACGAUUAUCAAUUGCUGUGCGGGGGAGUAUGACACACUUGAUAGUGUGCGGGCGGAAUUUGUUGUUCAUCACCUAUACGCGGAGGAUCAGAGUGAUUAUUUGAUUUUGUUCCACUGCUACGAUCAGUUUGCAAGCAUUGUCAACGAAGCCAGGAAAUCGGGUUGCCGCGUGUUUGUUCAUUGUGUGGCAGGCAUUAAUAGAAGUGUAACACUCUGCAUUGCGUACUUGAUGCAAUACCAUAAUCUGGACCCCCUCAGCUGCGUAAGGCUUUUUCUAUCGCAGGGUAGAACUGAUAUCCUGCGAAAUGUGGCCUUUCGUCACCAGAUUGUGGAUUUUUACAUUCACACGUUAUCUAAUUAG